GAUCCAUCACACUAGAAAGAUUGAUGAUUUUCCAAGAAACUCUCACUUCUUGUUAAGAUCAAGAGGCUCUCUUUUAGGCCUAAAGCACUAUAAAUACCAAUUCACAAAGCUCCUAAAUCAUCAUCGAUCAAUUAACACAAAGCAUUAAUUUUGAUCUUAUCUGUAGAAGCAUAAAACAUGGAUAACUCACAGAGCGCGAGCUACAGAGCCGGCGAGGCCAAGGGCCAAGCCCAGGAAAAGGGCAGCCAGCUCAUGGACAAGGCCAGCAGUGCUGCACAAUCUGCUAAGGAAUCAGUUCAGGAGGCUGGACAACAGCUGCAGGCCAAGGCACAAGGAGCAGUUGAUGCUGUCAAAGAUGCAACUGGCCUCAACAAAUGAUUUUUCUAGCUACCUAGGAAUUAUUCGUCUUUCUUUUUUUAUUUUUUUUUCUAUUUUAGGCAACGUUGGGUUGCUUUAGUUUGAAAGAAAUAAGAGUACGCGUCUGAUGAUGUUUUUCUUUCUGAUUUUUUAUCAAAUAAUUUACUUUUUAUCUUUA